AUGGACAUCAACGGGACCACCGUCCGGAGAGUAUUUGUAGACACUGGCAGCAGUGCCAAUGUCAUGUACCUCGAGACAUUUAACAAACUGGGACUAUCCAAAGAACAACUACACCUGGUGCGGACACCACUUGCUGGGUUCACCAGAGAUAGCAUAGAGGCUGAGGGGUGUCUCACCUUGCCCGUGGAAAUAGGAGAAUACCCAAGGGUCCGAUCCCUAGACAUGGAGUUCGUGGUUGUUAACAUCAAUUCCGCGCACAACGUAAUCCUAGGACGUCCGGGUUUAGAGGAUCUGGGGGCUGUGGUGUCGCUCGAGCAUCUGUGUUUAAAAUUCCGAACACCCGAAGGAGUGGGGAUCGCUAAAUGCGAUCGCCAUGUGGCCCGGUCAUGCUACCUCCUCUCUUGCCAGCAGAUUGGGAGACGCGACCUACAGGUCCAAGCUAUCACCGAGAAAACCAAAGGAGAGGAGACUAAGGAAAGGCCGGAACCCGUAGCUGAUUUAGAAGAAGUAGCUUUGGAGGACUCCAGACCAGAUAGAACGAUCAAGAUAGGCAAAGGGCUAACAGAAGAGAUCUGCCUGAGCAUCUUACAAACACUGAAAGAGUACAAAGUCCUAUUCGCUUGGGGACCCGAAGACAUGCCCGGAAUUGACCGGGAAGUCACCUAUCCCGCUUGGGUGGCUAACGUUGUGUUAGUACCCAAGCCCCCAGCAUGGAGAAUGUGUGCUGAUUAUACUGAUCUCAACAAGGCAUGUCCUAAGGACCCCUUGCCCUUACCACGAAUAGACCAACUGGUAGACCAAACCGCCGGUUACGCACUACUUAGUUUCAUGGACGCCCUUCGGGGCUACCACCAAAUAUUUAUGGAAGAACAGGACGAAGACAAAACGGCGUUCCUAACACCUGAUGGAGUCUAUUGCUAUAAGGUGAUGCCGUUCGACCUGAAAAAUGCGGGAGCAACAUUUACAAGGAUGGUCUCCAAAAUAUUUCACAGCUUGCUUGGGAAAAGCAUGGAAGCCUAUGUCGACGACCUGCUGGUAAAAAGCAAAGAAGCCCCCGAACACUCUCGGGACCUUAGAGCAUGCUUCCAACUCAUGGAAAGAUACAAACUGAGAUUGAAUCAAAAGAAAUGCGCAUUCGCUGUCCGUGGGGGAAAAUUCCUAGGAUACAUGGUCACACAGAGAGGGAUAGAACCAAACCCCGAGAAAAUAAAAGCCAUACUUGAUAUGCAACCGCCCACCAACCUACUGGAAAUCCAAAAACUGACGGGACGACUGGCAGCCCUUAGCCGUUUUCUCUCCAAAUCGGCAGAGCGUUCUCUACCAUUCUUCGAAGUGAUCAAAAGAAGAGAGGGGUUCAAAUGGACCCCUGAAUGUCAAGCAUCGUUCGAGGAGUUAAAGAAAUAUCUGUUAUCCCCACCCCUACUAGCCAAACCCAAAGGAGGUGAAACCUUAUACCUUUACAUGGCGGUAUCGGAGCAGGCAGUGAGCUCCGUUUUGGUGCGGGAAGAAGAGAAGCUACAGCAUCCAAUAUAUUAUAUCAGCAAAUUACUAAGAGGGGCAGAAACCCGAUAUACACCCUUGGAGAAGAUGGUCUACUCCCUGAUCACCACAGUACGGAAGUUAGUCCCAUACUUCCAAGCCCACCCCGUAGAGGUGCUCACAGACCAACCACUCGCCGGCAUCCUGAGGAGCCCCACCUCCUCCGGUCGAAUGGUGAAAUGCGCUAUGGAGUUGACCCAAUAUGGGAUUGAGUACAAACCCCGACCCUCCAUUAAGGCACAGGCCCUGGCCGAUUUCAUCGUGGAGUGUACAGCAAGAGACCAAAGGGGGAGCACAAGUGAUUUCAGCCAGAAUACCUGGUGGGAAAUGAGUGCAGACGGAGCAGCCAACACUAAACACUAUGGAGGGGGAAUCAUGCUAACCUCACCAGAAGGGUUCAAAGUAUACUAUGCCCUAGAAUACCAGUUCAAAGCAUCAAACAAUGAGGCAGAAUAUGAAGCAGUGAUCGGAGGAAUACGACUUGCGACCGCCCUUGGAGCACGUAACCUUCGCAUUCGAACAGACUCACGACUCGUUGUAGGACAAAUCAAAGGAACCUUCGAGACCAGAGGGGAGAACUUGAGGAUGUACAAGGAUGUUACUGAAGGAUUACUGGGAAAAUUGGCCGCUUACGAAAUACAACACGUGCCCCGCACGGAAAACAUGGAAGCUGACAUACUCUCGAAGAUCUCCCUGGGAGGUACCCCAGGACACUUAACACACAUAUGCAAGAGAGAGGUCAUCCACGCGCCCAGCACAGAAUCCCUCUUGAUCGCAAUGGUAGCCUCAGUAGGCAUCCAGUCCCCGGAUAGUUGGAUAGGAGACCUAACCAGAUACAUCACGAAAGCAGAACUUCCGUCUGAUCCUGUACAGGCCGCAAAAGUCAAGCGAAGGGCCCCAGCCUACCAAUUGGUAGACAACCAGCUGUACAAAAGAUCCUUCGGGGGACCCCUACUAAAAUGCCUACCACCAAGCGAAGCCAAACAAGUAAUUGAGGAAGCCUACAGCGGGAUAUGUGCAGCUCACCAGGGAGCGAACACCCUGGCCAGAAAAUUACUGAGAACGGGAGACGUUCUCAAUAGCUUUUUAAUGGAUGGGCAUACUGACAAAGAACGGGAGACGUUCUCAAUAACCAUUGGCGGAACGAGAACGGGAGAUGUUCUCAAUAGCUUUGUGAUGGAUGGGCAUACUGGCAAAGAACGGGAGACGUUCUCAAUAGCUUUUUGA